AAAAAGGGGCGGGGCGUGUCGGCAGAUCGUACACGAGGUAAUAGGCUUUGGGAGCCGGGAGAGUGUUAUUGCUACGAAGAUUUUCCGGAUUAUCCGCGGCUGGUUGAUUCUAAUUUCACAGAAGAAAAGUUCCAGAAGUUCAAAGGAGUUACCAUGGGAACAUACACUAUCAGGAAGGCCGAACCAGAUGAUUGUGAUGAUAUUGUAAGACUCAUCAAUGAACUUGCUGAGUAUGAGAACAUGCCAGACCAAGUGGAUGUGACACCAGAAAAACUCAGAGCUGAUGCCUUCUGUGAUCAACCCUUUGUCAACUUGCUGGUUGCUGUGUGCACCAAAUCCAAUACAACGGUUGCUUACAGCUCCUUUUCCUACACAUACAGUUCAUGGAAAGGGCGAACAGUUUACUUGGAUGAUCUAUAUGUCACACCAGUUCAUAGAGGGCAUGGGAUAGGAACAACAUUAAUGCAGUCAGUGGCUAGGUGUGCCUACGAACAAAAGCAAUGUAAUCGUAUGAACUGGAUCGUUCUCGCUUGGAACGAACGUCCGAAGGAGAUGUAUGCCCGGCUCGGAGGAGAGAAUCUAACUGUGAAAGAAAGCUGGGAAAACAUUACGUUAUUCAAAGAACAAUUGAAAAACUUGGCAACGACUUAUCAGGUCAAGCUAAGCGCUGAUACAACAAUAGAUGUGCAGCUAUGAUUGUGAUUUAGCUUCUAGAUGUACAUGUAAGUAGUAUGCUGCUUCAGUGUAUAUAUGACCCAUUUAAAGAAUUUUUUUUCUCUCUAAUUUGAAAAUUGUGCCUUAUUCCAUUAAACUUGUCCAAAGAGAGGAUUUGGUUUAUAUUCAGUUAGUCUACAAGCAGUUGGUCUGAUACCACAUUGGCUACCCUCUGGUCUAAUUAUUGUUUGGUCUAUACUAGGCCUAGGAAUAAAACUCGAACCAUUAUAUUAAAGCAUUUGAUCAGUUCACCAACAAUCGGCAACCGAAUACUGCUGCGCCAGAUGUUGAUUACUGAUUCGAGACAUUGGAUUAUCAAAAGUACAUGGCUAUAUACGUGAAAACGAAGUGCGAGAUAACAAAUGAACUUCAUGGUGAAAUGUAAUGAAUGGGCGAUUCCAUGCAAGAAAAAUCAGCCAUUUUCACAAAACUUCUCAACCUGCUGUCCGAAUUCCGAACAUCGUAACUCUCUCAAGACACGACAAUGACGGCUGCUCCUGCAUCACUCGGCGGUGUUGACUUGCACUCUACUGGGACACUCCACCGAGUCAGCUUGCUCAUUAUGUGUAUAACCACCAGUAGCUCGUGUGGAGCGUUGUGGCCCUGUGGAUAAGUCUUCUGACUCUGAAACAGAGGGUCGUGGGUUCGAAUCCCAGCCAUGGCGUAAUUUCCUUCAGCAAGAAAUUUAUCCACAUUGUGCUGCACUCAACCCAGGUGAGGUGAAUGGGUACCCGGCAGGAUUAAUUCCUUGAAUGCAUGAGCGCUGAAAGGCAGCUUGAACUAAAGCUGAGGUAAUAAUAAUAAUAAUCAGCAUUUUUUCCUGUCUUAUCUUUUUGCUUAAAGCGUUAGGGAGCAAAUUGAUUAUCAAUCAAAAUAUCUUAAUGGAGAGGUUUUCAUCUAUCUUUACAUUUUAAAAAAAUCUGAAAAAAAUCGAUCAAAAUGGUGUAGUACAAAAGCCUUUUAAUGGCGAUGUAUGAUCAGUGAAUAGUUAUCAGUACUCUGUUUUCAGGUAUUUGAAUCUGUUUCGAGGAUGUAUAAUCAUGAAAUUAUGUUAUUUGUACAAUUGUGUUUCAUCCAAUUGGCGGUGCAAUAAUCAAGAUGAGGAUGAAUAGUUAUUUUGUAUAGCAGUCUUAUUCUUCUUAUUUUUGUGUAAUAGGGUCUUAAAAAUAAUUUUCGAGUGCCUUUAAUAGAGCGGACAUUCCCAAUGUGCUGUUCGAAAGGUAGGCCUAUAUAUAAUAAAAUAAUGUUGAAUUUAGACAUUUAGCAUGUUCAGGGAUAAAGGAGGAUAAUGAAUUUCAUGUUAAGAGUUGUACUACUAAACCCGCCAUUUUCAUCAGCAUUGUCAACUUCAAAAUCGCCAUAGAACGUAAAUUCAGAUAUUUCAAACUGUUGUAUUAGCUGAUGGAAAUUUAUAAGACUUUAUUCCAUCUAUUCUGUAUUAAAUUUGAAAUUUCGCAGGAUUCCAUUUAACUCCAACUUUCCAAGCAUUAUUCUCAAUUUAUCUGGAGAAAAUCUCGACAUUUAAGGCCUGGUGUUUACAAUUAUAAUGUGAUUUUAUUUUCAGUUUAUUCCAGUUUCUUUAUACAAUAUAAACACUGUUUGAUUUUUUUUUAUAUACAACAUUGUGUAAUAUAUCGGUACAACACUGUUAAAUAUAUUUAGUGCAGUUUAAAGAAGCGUUUAAAAUAUUAAAUAACGAAGUUGUAACACAUUCAAUCUUCAAGAAAUCAAGCUUGGUUGUUUAACAUGUAAAAUACUGUGGAGCAUUGUGGCCCAGUGGAUUAGUCUUCUGACUUUGAAACAAAGGGUCGUGGGUUCGAAUCCAAGCCAUGGCGUGUUUUCCUUCAGCAAUAAAUUUACUCACAUUGUGCUGCACUCAACCCGGGUGAGGUGAAUGGGUACCCGGCAGGAUUAAUUCCUUGAAUGCACUGAGUGCUGAAAGGCAGCUUGAGCUAAAGCCGGGGUAAUAAUAAUAAUAAACAAUGCGCCUUGGAAUAGAAUAUUUUUAGAUAGAUGGCACUUUAUAAAUGCCUAUUAUUAGGAGGGUAUUGUCAGUUGAGCAAAUAUCGGCAGAGCAUUUGUCGGCGGAGCAGUUGUCUACGGGUCAAAUAUAGGUGCAGCAAUUGUUAAUGGAGCAAAUGUUAGCGGAGCAAAUGUCGUCGGAGCAAUUGACGGUGGAGCAAUUGUCGGUGGAGCAAAUAUCGGCGGAGCAAUUGUCGACGGAACAAUAUCGGCAGAGCAGUUGUCGCAUUUUGCGUAGCAAUUGUCCGGUCACUUGUUCAAAGUGCUCCAAUUCUAAAUUCUGUCUUUUUAUCAUGUUGACAUUUCAUGUGCGUUGAUAAAUGAUUUUGUAUGUGUUUGUGAAUAGUGUCACAUUAAGGGGAAGAGCACCUUAACAAUAAGUCACUUCAAAAAAAGGGUGAAAAAUUUUGAUGAUGGUUUUAUGAAAAUCCAUUAAAAGAAUGAAAGAGUUUAAGUUAUUGAAUUGUCUGUGCCUGCAGCUUGCAAUAUAUCACUUAAUUCCAUGAAUUCUACUUUCCAAAUGGAUUAUGAUUAAUAAAAAUAUAUAUUUUACAGAAGGAAAUAUGAAAUGAUGUGUCUGAUGAUGUAUCCAAAUAAAGCAGCUGCUCCUCUGUUAAUUCAGUCACUACAUAAAAACUU